GUUCAAUGCGGAACAGACCGGUAACAUACUAUGAUUAAGGCCAUCCAGUGGAAGCAGCGGUUUAUGACGUACUACCACAGGAAGCUGACGCAGGAGGCAGACGCAGGGUCUGUCCGCGAGCUCGCCGGUUCAUAAACUACCUCAGAGAAGAAUCCGCAGCGAUGCUUAGUUUUGGUUUGACUAUAGUGCGACAUGGUGAAACCCAGUACAAUAAGGACAAGCUGCUACAAGGACAGGGAAUUGAUGUGCCGCUGUCUGAGACAGGCCUUCAGCAGGCGGAGGCUGCAGGCCGUUACCUGAGAGACCUGAAAUUCACCAACGUGUUUGUCAGCGACCUACAGCGUGCCCAGCAGACUGCUGACAUCAUCUUGAGAAACAACUUACACUGUGCUGGCAUCAAAGUAAUUAGUGAUCCCUUGCUUAAAGAGAGGAGUUUUGGCACUGCAGAAGGGCAGCCGGUAGAGCACUUGAAGAACAUGGCCAAAGCAGCUGGCUUGUCAUGUCCAGAGUUCACACCCCCUGCAGGAGAGACCCCAGAGCAGGUGAAGCUCCGGGUCAAGGCCUUCCUGGAGGCCUUGUGCCAGCGCAUGGCUGCAGACCACCCUUGUGAUGGAGAGAUGGCACUGGCCCCUGGAACACUGGGGCCCCCUGCAGGCCUUGCUGAUGACGGCAUCCAUGGCGUGGUCCCACAUGCCCUGGUCGUGACCCAUGGUGCUUACAUGCGCCUAGCUGUGCGCUACCUAGUAGAGGACCUGAAUUGCAGUGUGCCACGUGGAGUCAAAGUGUCCCACAUUUUCUCUGCCUGCCCCAACACUGGCAUUUGCCGUUUUGUUGUAACGUUACGCCAUGGCGACGCCAGCCGCUUGCCUCCCAUUGCCAUCCAUUGCAUCUUCGUCAACAGGAAAGACCACCUGAAGUCUCUCAAAGAGCAACCGUAGCAGAAGAGCGCAAGAAACACGAAAGGCCAAAUGCUGGGCAGCUCUGAAAGACAAAUGGCUGAACUGGUUUUAUCUAAAAGCUUUUUUAGAAUUCAGCAUGGUGCAGUUGUACCUUGAUUAAGAUUAAAUUUAUUGAAGGCCUUUUUAAUUCAAGGAAAUACACUGUUUGAAAAGGUUUCCUACAAUUUUAUGUGCUUUAAGUCAGCUGACCUCGAGUUCUGUAAUAAUUCUUUUCCUGUGAGAAAAGCAAUACAAGUAAAAAAAAAAAAAAAAAAUGCAACUGUUUAUAUUCUCUGUAGCUAGUGUAGUUCAUGGUUAUGCAUAUCAUAAGUUUGUCUGCACACAGCAGUUCCUUCACCAUGUGUCUGAAUUGCAUGCAAAAACGCAGUAGAACUGUGGCUCAGACAGCAUACCUGCAGCCCUCGGUGGAUAGAUAAGUGGGUUCUGCAAAGGGAUGAAUGAACAUAAAGCUGCAGGAAGAGAUGUAAGAGCAUCCAGCAGUUUUGUGUGUCUUAUGUCCUGCUGCCUAGAUACUGUUAUGAGACCAGACCUCCUUAUUCAUUGACUGUAAACUUGAUCUUUGCACAGGAUUUGACUUGAUGUUUCUAACAAAAUGCUUUCCCUUGAAAAAGCAUUUAUUACCUUAUUUAUAGGCAAAUAAUACUUGCACAGUUAAAUGUAAAAAAUAUUUCCUUUGUAAGAUAUUCAAUGGACUGUUGUUGGUUUCAUUCAGGUUUUUUGUUGAAUAUCAGAAAGACAAACAAGGACAAAGAAAUUUUGAAGAGAAUCUUCACAUGUUCUUAUGGUGCAUGAACCAAUGAGCCUUCUGGUUUUUCUG